AAAUUUCCCACACUGAGACCAAAUUGUAAACAAGAAAUCGACAAUCAAUAAUCCGCAGUCAUCAUCAGAAUGGACACAGGUGGGAAAUUAAAUCGGGUACGGAAAAUUCUCAAGAGGUUUUUACCAGGCAGCUCAUUGAGGGAAGAUGAUCGGGGCACGGGAAGCAAGGUACCAAAUCAGGGUCAGAUUGAGAGCAAUGUCCCAAUGGAAUGCGAUCCGGCCACCGCAGAGGAAGGGGAGAAAAGUCAGCCCAGAGAUAAUGACGUCAGAGACACCGAUCAGGACCCUGGAACCAGCACAAGUGAGGCGACUCCCUGUCAGACCAGAGACAGUAGCGUCAGAGACACCGAUCAGGACCCUGGAACCAGCACAAGUGAGGCGACUGCCUGUCAGCCCAGAGAGAGUAGCGUUGGAGACACCGAUCAGGACCCUGGAACCAGUACAAGUGAGGCGACUCCCUGUCAGCUCGGAAGCUCGUUGAACACGGAAUUGUCAAGUCACCAACAAGGAGCGGAGCCAGAGUUUACAAUCUCUGACCUCCUGGCAGAGGGGGGUGAAUAUCGACUGUACCAACUGACAAAGAUCUACAGGGACAGACUCAAACAAGCAAUUGAAGAAAAGGUUGAAAGACUCGGUUGGAUGUUGACAAAGGAGGGACAUUUCAGCAGAGAAGAAAAUGAGAAAGUCACUGAGCUGGCAGAGAAGGGAAACCGGACAGAGAGUUCCACACUCUUCCUCAGUUUGGUGAAUGGCAAAGGAUCCCGGGCCCGGAGGGCGAUGUGGGAAUCCUUUGAGAUGUGGAGGACUGAGUUACCGAAGUUGGACAGAAUACUGAAGGAAAUACAGGAGCUCGGCCCAGAUCCACAGGAAUACAUAGACAUCGCCCAAGGGUUAUCUGAGUUACCCACUGAACUGAUAGAUGUUCAACAGAAACACAAGGAGGGUUUGCAGGCACAAACUGAAACUCUGAGAGUGAACACGAUCCUGAUGAGGGAGAAGGUGAAGGUUUUCCAGCUGGAUUAUCGAUAUGUUGAGCUCACGGUCAUUUCUACCGUUCGAGAUCGGACACUGGUGGAACAUGAGCUGCUGGCAAGAGGCAGAGACCACGAGGAGUGGAGAGAGGAACAUCUUCGUGGAGAGCUAGAAAAAAUCCGGACUGAUCAGUUGUUCCAGAGCAGCUUUUCCCGGAGUAAAUCAAAAUCUGGGAGCUCAGCAGCAGUGGCUGGAGUUGCAGGGAUCGGGAAAACAACUAUGGUACAAAAGAUUGUUUAUGACUGGGCCACGGGGAAAAUAUACCAACAAUUCCAGUUUGUUUUCAGUUUCAAAUUCCGGGAUUUAAACUCCAUUAACGGCAGAACAAACCUGAGAGAACUGAUUUUGGAUCAAUAUCCCUACUUUGGGAAUAUCCUGAGAGAGGUCUGGAAGAACCCAGAGGGAUUGCUGUUUAUAUUCGAUGGUUUGGAUGAAUUCAAGCACAGAAUCGAUUUUGCUGACAGUCGGAGAGAUACAGAACCCAAGCACCAGUGCCCAGAUCCCGAGUGGUGGUGUGAAGUGUCUGACAUUGUGUACAGUUUAAUCCAGGGCAAGCUGCUCCCAGGGUGUUCAGUGCUGGUGACCACCCGCCCCACUGCGUUACAUUUAUUGGAAAAGGCAGAGAUAAGUGUCCGGGCUGAAAUCCUGGGAUUUUCUGGUGAGGAACGGAAGGAAUAUUUCAUCAGGUAUUUUGAAGAUCAGACCGUGGCAGCAGCUCUUUUCAAACACGUGCAGGAGAACGAGAUCCUGUACACCAUGAGCUACAACCCCUCCUACUGCUGGAUCCUCGCUCUAGCACUGGGCCCCUUCUUCACAAAAAGAGACAGGGACCCACAGCAGGUUCCCAAGACAAUCACCCAGCUAUAUUCCUAUUAUAUUUACAACAUCCUGAAAAACCACAGCCGUGAAAUUGAGAGAACCCGUGAUGUGUUACUGAGAGUUGGUCAGUUGGCCUUCAGAGGGGUGUCCGAGAAGAAGAUUGUGUUUACAGAUGGAGAUUUGAUCAAGUACAACCUGCAGCCUUCCCAGUUCCUGUCCGGGUUCCUGAUGGAGCUUUUGGAGAGAGAAGAUUCUGCACAGAGUGUGGUGUACACAUUUCCACAUCUCACUAUCCAAGAGUUUAUAGCUGCAGUCGCACAAUUCCUGACUCUACAUCCUAGGAAAAUCCUGAAUUUCCUUACUGAAGCCCACAACACAACAGAUGGGCGGUUUGAGGUAUUUCUCCGUUUUGUUGCUGGUCUCUCCUCCCCAAUGACAACUCGGGGACUGGAGGAGUUUCUGGGUCCAUUUCCUCAUCAAACAACCUGCCGGGUGAUUGACUGGGUGAAGGAGGAGGUUAAACGCCAGAGUGGAAACACAAGGAGUGAAGCUGGUAAAAGGAGCCUCCUGAACACAUUGCACUACUUGUUUGAGUCUCAGAAUCGUGUACUGGUUCAGGACACACUGGGAUCUGUGGAAAGACUUUCAUUCAAUGGAAUGACACUGACCCCGAUUGACUGCGCAGUCCUGUCUCAUGCCAUCGGACUCUGCGAUACAAUAAAAUACCUCGACCUGCAGGAGUGCAACAUUCAGUGUGAAGGAAUCCAGCGGCUGGGACCCGGGCUACACAAGUGCCUGGAGUUGAGACUUGGGUGGAAUGACCUUGAAGAUUCUGGAGUGAAACUGGUGUCUGCGGCUCUGAGGAACCCGGAGUGUAAAAUACAAUCACUGUGGCUGAACACUGUCGAUCUCACAGAUUCUGGUGCCGAGGAUCUCUUCUCCACUCUCAGCACAAUGCCAUCACUGACGGAGUUGAACCUGAUGUCAAACUCGCUCACAGACCGAUCUGUCCCCGCUCUCCGCCACCUCAUACUGACCCUGCCAAGUCUGGAGUGGAUCAUGCUGGACCGUAAUCUGUUCGGUUGGACCGGGAGGAAGGAACUGAGAUCUCUGCAGGAAGCCAGACCCGGACUGUCAUUGGAUGAUACGAUGAUCAUAAUGCAAGACAUUUUGGCCAGUUCCCGCCCCCCUCCCCUUUAACUCCCGCCCUUACCUUUAAUGGUCGCACGCCAGGUUUAAUUACCAACGGCUCAAAAGGAACUGGCUCCAGUCUCACACUCUGUGACAUAUUUCCGCCUCCUGUCCAGGGGUGCUGUUUCCACCAGAUGUCCAGUUUGGAGACUCUCCACGUGAAAGCCCAGGGAAUUACACAGACAGGAAGAGCCCCAGGGCCAGGGCUCAGCCUGGGACUCCAGUGACACAGGGUGGAAUUAUCCAGGGAGAGAAUGAUUUUGCUCCCUUUGCUGAGGACGGUACAUUCGGCAGUCUGGCCGAUAUAAUGAUGUUAAAUUGAAAAAUACCACGGCAGUGACCCUGGAUCUGCAGCGAUCUCAGACACGGCCCUGAAGUGUGAUUUUAUAAUCAUCGGUUCCCCGAUGCAGGGUGAUGGUGAGAAACGGGACUGAUUAUUCAACCUGUCACCAGUCAGUUAAUUGUGUGUGACUGAGAGCUGAGAGUGAGUCACAGGAGCUUAUUUAUUCCUACACGUC